GGACAUAUAUAUAGAAUCGAUCACGCGAAGAUAUUUAAAGCACGGGAUUAACACAGAAGGUCGAACAAUCACGGAAGCCAUGUUGGAUUUUUAGUGCUCCAGAAAGCAAAAAUGCUGCACCCCCGGCGCAGUGCCCAGGACGUCCUGCUGUGUGACUCCUGUGAAACUUCCCCCCUACAGUGUCACUGUGAACUUUGUCAAAUCAAUCUCUGUACUAACUGUGUAGGUAAACAUCUCUUGGAUUCGUCUAAAAGACACAACGUUGUGCCCUUUAAACAAAAGAAGUCUACCCCUAGCUACCCAGAAUGUCCGACACAUGCCGACAAACAGUGUGAACUUUAUUGCGAGGAAUGUGACGUUCCUGUCUGUUCUACCUGCAUCUCCUCAGAUAAACACAGGGGUCACAAAAUAUCAGAUAUUCUAGAAAAACUCGGCUCUAAAGCGCAAGGAUUACAAAACGAGUUGGAGGAACUAGAGACCAGAGUUUAUCCCCGCUAUGAAGAAAUGGCGUCCGAUGUCCAAACUGAAAAAGCCAAGUUGGAAACGAAUUAUGAGGAAAUGACCACAGCUGCCGACCAACAAGAAGAAAUCUGGCACCGAGAGAUCACCGCCAUUGUCAACCAAGUGAAAUCCGACAUUGUGGAGAUGAAAACAAAACAUAUGGCUGCCUUAGAUAAAAACACAGAUGAAAUCACACACAGUAUUACUGAACUCAAACAAAUCAUUCUAAAUCUGAAGGAAAUAUUAGAAUCCAAUGAUAUCUCUCUAAUCUCUACCUACAAAUCUAGGAAUAACGAGUUCAGAAGAUUGCCUCCUAAAGUCCGAGUUACAUUACCGACUUUCUCUCCUCAGAAAAUAAACACAGACCAGCUCCGUGAAAUGUUUGGUUCUCUGUCGCCAUUAUCCAUUAACACAGAACAUGGCGACACAAUGAAGUCAGCAGAAGCUGUAUCGUCUCCUCCAGUCAAACCACUGCUUGAUGAACCGCGCGUCACCGCCACCAUAGACACUGGGUAUGACUAUCUACUCAGUGUUAGCUGUCUGAGUGAAGAUCAAGUCUGGACAUGCGGGACUAACGAAACCAUGAAGCUGCUCAACCUCCAGAGUAAACUACUGACAUCAAUACAAACCAAGUCAGGGAGACGACCAGGGGACAUAGCAGUGACACGGGACGGAGAUCUUGUUUAUACUGACUAUUGUAAUAACACCGUGAACUUAAUUAAGAAUAAAAAGAUACGUACCGUGAUCACACUACAGGGGUGGGUACCUCGCAAUGUCUGCAGUACCGCCUCCGAUGAUCUCCUGGUUACCAUGUACAGUGACGAUAGAAAACCAUCCAAAGUCGUGCGUUACUCUGGCUCCACAGAGAAACAAAGCAUUCAGUUUGAUGAUCAGGGUCAUCCUCUCUACUCAUCUGAUUGUUUAGAUAAAUACAUUAGUGAGAACAGGAACCUGGAUAUUUGUGUGGCUGACUGGUCAGCUAACGCAGUAGUGGUGGUCAAUCAGUCAGGAAAACUCCGAUUUAGAUACACUGGUCAUCCCUCUAAUACCAAGCAAUCAUUUAGUCCAGUCGGCAUCACUACAGACAGCCAGAGUCACAUCCUGACAGCAGACUAUAGCAAUAACCGUAUCCACAUCCUAGAUCAGGACGGACAGUUCCUCCGUUACAUUCACUGUGAUUUAGACUAUCCAUUAGGUUUAUGUGUGGACAUCAGAGACAACCUCUUUGUGGCUGAGUAUGGCACUGCUAAAGUGAAGAAAAUCCAAUAUCUAUAAACACAGUGUUAAUUACACAUCUCAACACUCUGUUAAUUACAUCUCUACACAGUGUUAAUUACAUCUCUACACAGUGUUAAUUACAGCUCUGUGUAGAUUACAGAUAUUAAACCCUGUUAAUUACAGCUCUGUAGAUUACAGAUAUUAAACAGUGUUAAUUACACCUGAAAACACAGUCAAUUACACAUCUAAACACUGUUAAUUACAUUUCUGUGUGUUAAUUACAGUCCUGUGUUAAUUACAGCAGUGUUUGUGAUGUGUAACUAACCUGUGUAUUGACACAGUAGAUUUAUGGUGGUUUGUGUCUGAUUAAACAUUAUUCUGUUUGUUUAAUCAAUGUAUUUACAUGUAUUAUAUAUAAACAUUAUUUAGAGCACAGUCUUACAUUAUUACUGAGUACUUAGAUUUGUAGUACAUCUCAUCUUACAUUAUUACUGAGUACUUAGAUUUGUAGUACAUCUGAUCUUACAUUAUUACUGAGUACUUAGAUUUGUAGUACAUCUGAUCUUACAUUAUUACUGAGUACUUACUUAGAUUUGUAGUACAUCUGAUCUUACAUUAUUACUGAGUACUUACUUAGAUUUGUAGUACAUCUGAUCUUACAUUAUUACUGAAUACUUAGAUUUGUAGUACAUCUGAUCUUACAUUAUUACUGAGUACUUACUUAGAUUUGUAGUGCAUCUGAUCUUACAUUAUUACUGAGUACUUAGAUUUGUAGUACAUCUGAUCUUGCAUUAUUACUGAAUACUUAGAUUUGUAGUACAUCUGAUCUUACAUUAUUACUGAAUACUUAGAUUUGUAGUACAUCUGAUCUUACAUUAUUACUGAGUACUUAGAUUUGUAGUACAUCUGAUCUUACAUUAUUACUGAGUACUUAGAUUUGUAGUACAUCUGACCUUACAUUAUUACUGAGUACUUAGAUUUGUAGUACAUCUGAUCUUACAUUAUUACUGAGUACUUAGAUUUGUAGUACAAUUGAUCUUACAUUAUUACUGAAUACUUAGAUUUGUAGUACAUCUGAUCUUACAUUAUUACUGAGUACUUACUUAGAUUUGUAGUACAUCUGAUCUUACAUUAUUACUGAGUACUUAAAUUUGUAGUACAUCUGAUCUUACAUUAUUACUGAGUACUUAAGAUUUGUAGUACAUCUGAUCUUACAUUAUUACUGAAUACUUAUAUUUGUAGUACAUCUGAUCUUACAUUAUUACUGAGUACUUACUUAGAUUUGUAGUACACCUGCUCUUUAUGAGAGAUCUUCAGAUUCAAGGUCAUAGUCUUCUGUUUACCAUCAAUAAUGUCACAUCACUGUCCUACAAAAUCAACACAGAUAAAUACAAAUCUUAUCAAACUGGGUUAUCUAAAAUUGCAAUAUUUUAUUUAAUAAAUUACCUCAACAAA